AUGUGCGUCGAAGGCUGUUGUGCAAACAUUUUCAAUUUUGAUAUUCCUAUCAAUGUUCGUCAUUGCGUCUUUUCUCCUCAGGGAGGCGUCUUGUCCAUCCAUGAGUUCAAGGCGCUUGCAGACAUUCCCUGGCUUCCAGGAGAAUUCGAAUAUAUGAUGGACUGCCUUAGCUUGGCACAUAGGGGUGGGAGUUACUACCAAGCACAGAUACUAUGGAAUCAGAAGAUUAGAGAUUUUGCCGAAUCCCAUGCAAAGUGGAGAGCCUUCUAUCGUAAAAGAAAGCUCAGGCUAGCGACCGCAGCCUCUAACAAUGGCACCCAAAAGGCUGACACAGAAACUCCCAGAGAUCCUACUAAACAAACAAAGGAGCAGAUCCAAAACGAAGAUACGGUCCCCUUUGAUGAUACCGCUGAGACAACCCCAGCAGAGCUGCCAGAACCCGAGAAGCGCUCGCUUGUUUGA